CUAGUGGGGACUGUUGUGUUGUGAAAAUGGCGACACCUCGUCGCUGUUCUCAGCAGCAGCAGCAACAACAGCCUAACUCCCUGUUGUCCUCUCCGCCCCACGGUUCAUCUCUGCCCGUUUCCCCGCCGCGGUCUCCGCCGUCACCUAUCGAAGAUGCCUCCUCAUCUCCCCAUGGAGCAGCGAAGGAGGACACGGCUGAUGGUGAAGUAUCGCCGGCCUCUCCCACCUCCCCUGUCCUGGCCCUUACAGUCAGCAGCGGCAGCAGCACUAGCAGCAGCACUAGCUCCCCGACCACCACCGAGGGCAGCGAGACCAGUCCCGGCUCUACGCCCGAUUCUGGUAGCGGUAACCUGGGCAGCAGCGACGGCAGCAGCAGCGGGAGCAAUGGUGCAAAUGGGGCGUUCAGGGAGCUGUUUGAAGCCUGUCGAAACGGGGAUGUUUCGAGGGUAAAGAAACUCGUGGAUGCGGUGAAUGUAAACGCCAAAGACAUGGCUGGACGUAAAUCGACACCCCUGCAUUUUGCUGCAGGCUUCGGGCGGAGAGAUGUGGUGGACCACCUGCUUCAGAUGGGCGCUAAUGUACAUGCUCGAGACGACGGUGGUCUGAUCCCGCUGCACAAUGCCUGCUCCUUUGGUCAUUCUGAGGUGGUGUCCUUGCUGCUGUGUCAAGGCGCCGACCCAAACGCUCGAGACAACUGGAACUACACACCGCUACACGAAGCUGCUAUCAAAGGGAAGAUUGACGUCUGUAUAGUGUUACUGCAGCAUGGAGCCGACCCCAACAUCCGCAACACUGAUGGCAAAUCUGCCCUGGACCUGGCUGAACCCUCUGCAAAGGCCGUGCUCACAGGUGAAUACAAGAAGGAUGAGCUGCUGGAGGCAGCAAGGAGUGGAAACGAAGAGAAACUAAUGGCCUUGCUUACGCCGCUCAACGUCAACUGUCAUGCAAGCGACGGCCGCAAGUCCACUCCACUCCACCUGGCAGCAGGAUACAACAGAGUGAGAAUAGUUCAGUUGUUGCUGCAGCAUGGAGCUGAUGUUCAUGCCAAGGACAAGGGUGGUCUGGUGCCUCUACACAACGCCUGUUCUUAUGGACACUAUGAAGUAACUGAGCUGCUACUAAAGCAUGGAGCUUGUGUGAAUGCCAUGGAUCUGUGGCAGUUCACCCCUCUGCAUGAAGCGGCGUCUAAAAACCGUGUUGAGGUCUGCUCUCUGCUGCUGAGCCACGGGGCCGACCCGACCCUGCUCAACUGCCACAGCAAGAGCUCUGUGGACAUGGCGCCCACUCCUGAGCUGAAGGAGAGACUAACAUAUGAAUUUAAGGGCCACUCGCUGCUUCAAGCAGCUCGAGAAGCCGAUAUGGCCAAGGCUAAGAAGACCUUGGCUCUGGAGAUCAUCAACUUUAAACACCCCCACACGCAUGAAACGGCACUGCAUUGUGCAGUAGCAUCGCCUCACCCCAAACGGAAACAGGUCACGGAGCUGCUGUUAAGGAAGGGUGCCAAUGUCAACGAGAAGAAUAAGGAUUUCAUGACUCCUCUCCAUGUGGCAGCAGAACGGGCUCAUAAUGAUAUUAUGGAAGUUUUACAGAAACAUGGGGCAAAGGUGAACGCCCUCGACACGCUGGGUCAAACGGCGUUGCACCGUGCAGCGUUGGCAGGCCACAUUCAAACCUGCAGGCUGUUGCUAGGAUACGGGGCAGACGCCUCACUGGUGUCCCUGCAGGGCUUCACCGCCGCUCAGAUGGGAAACGAAGCUGUUCAGCAAAUACUCAAUGAGAACAUCCCUGUGAGAAACUCUGAUGUGGACUACAGACUCCUGGAAGCUGCUAAAGCUGGAGACCUGGACACAGUCAAGUCGUUGUGUACAGCUCAGAAUGUGAAUUGUCGAGAUCUGGAGGGACGCCACUCCACUCCUCUUCACUUUGCUGCUGGCUACAACAGAGUGUCGGUGGUUGAAUACCUGUUGCACCAUGGGGCUGACGUCCAUGCUAAGGAUAAAGGGGGUCUGGUUCCACUUCAUAACGCCUGUUCAUAUGGUCACUAUGAGGUAGCCGAGCUGUUGGUCAGACAUGGCGCAUCAGUCAACGUGGCCGAUUUGUGGAAGUUUACGCCGCUCCAUGAAGCUGCUGCAAAGGGCAAAUACGAGAUCUGCAAGCUGCUGCUGAAGCAUGGAGCAGAUCCGACCAAGAAGAAUCGGGAUGGGAACACACCUCUUGAUCUGGUGAAAGAUGGGGACACCGACAUCCAGGACCUGCUGAGGGGAGAUGCUGCACUGCUGGACGCUGCUAAAAAAGGGUGCCUGGCCAGGGUGCAGAAGUUGUGCAGCCCAGAUAACAUUAACUGCCGGGAUACGCAGGGACGCAACUCCACUCCGCUGCACCUCGCAGCUGGUUAUAACAAUCUGGAGGUGGCAGAGUACCUGUUGGAACAUGGCGCUGACGUGAAUGCACAGGAUAAAGGAGGGUUGAUACCUUUACAUAAUGCUGCAUCAUACGGACACGUGGACAUAGCCGCCCUGCUGAUCAAGUACAACACAUGUGUGAAUGCUACAGACAAGUGGGCCUUUACCCCCCUCCAUGAAGCGGCGCAGAAAGGGCGAACUCAGCUCUGCGCUCUGUUGUUGGCACAUGGAGCUGAUCCCACUAUGAAGAACCAGGAGGGACAGACGCCACUGGACUUGGCAACGGCUGAUGACAUUAGAGCACUGCUGGUUGAUGCCAUGCCCCCAGACGCUCUGCCCAGCUGCUUAAAACCACAGGCCACUGUGGUGAGUACAGGAGCAGCCGGAGGUGUGGUCAUCUCGCCCUCUCCAUCUCCAUCCUGUUUAUCAGCAGCAAGCAGUAUAGACAACCUGACCACGCCGCUAAAUGACAUCACAGUGGCCGGGGCCACUGGCACUGCAGACGGAGCAUCUGGUUCUGACAGGAAGGAAUGUGAAACGCUGCUCGACAUGACCAUCAACCAGUUCCUGAAGAAUGUGGGGUUGGAACAUCUCAGAGACAUCUUCCAGCGGGAACAGAUUUCGUUGGAUGUGCUGGCAGACAUGGGUCACGAGGAGCUAAAGGAGAUCGGCAUCAGUGCUUACGGUCACAGACACAAACUCAUCAAGGGUAUCGAGAGGCUGCUGGGAGGCCAGCAAGGAGCAAACCCCUACCUGACGUUCCACUGCUCCAGCCAGGGCACAAUGCUGAUUGACCUGGCACCAGAUGACAAGGAGUUCCAGUCUGUAGAAGAGGAACUACAAAGCACCAUCAGAGAACACCGCGAUGGAGGCAACGCAGGCGGAGUCUUCAGCCGGUACAACAUCAUAAAGAUUCAGAAGGUGGUCAAUAAGAAGCUACGAGAGAGAUACUCGCACAGGCAGAAGGAAAUUGCAGAUGAGAAUCACAACCACCACAAUGAGCGCAUGCUCUUUCAUGGUUCUCCCUUCAUAAAUGCAAUCAUCCAUAAGGGCUUUGAUGAGCGUCACGCCUAUAUCGGCGGUAUGUUUGGCGCAGGUAUCUACUUUGCAGAGAACUCCUCUAAAAGCAACCAGUACGUGUAUGGUAUUGGCGGAGGAACUGGAUGUCCAACGCAUAAAGACCGCUCCUGCUAUGUGUGUCACAGGCAGAUGCUGUUCUGCCGAGUGACGCUGGGUAAGUCAUUUCUUCAGUUCAGUGCAAUGAAAAUGGCCCACGCCCCCCCUGGUCACCACUCUGUUAUAGGACGACCCAGUGUCAAUGGACUGGCAUAUGCUGAGUACGUCAUCUACAGAGGGGAGCAGGCUUACCCAGAAUACUUGAUCACCUACCAGAUCAUGAAACCAGAGAGCCUGGCCACUCCAGCUGCCACUGCUGAGCAGAAGUCCUAGAAACACAUUCACAGCUGGAUCUGAGAACUUAGUGAAUGAGUGACAGUUUCUACAAAGACUAGAAGCUGACUGUAAAGUGUUUUAAACCUCAGACCUGAAACUGAGGUGGGUGACACAAAGUGACGACUCAUCAGAAGUCAAGUAACUCCUGGAAGCGUGCCGUGUGUCUAAACUAAAGAAAAGACUGUUAGAUUUUGGGGGUUUGGUGCAUGUUCAGUCCAAAGAGGCAGACAGCAAAAAUCCAUCCCUGAUUGGUUUAAUUUUCUGGAGAAAAAACAAACAGGUCAGUCAGUGUUUGUGGAUGUGUACCAGUAAGCUAUUUUACAGCUUGAUUUGAAAUAAAUAAAUAAAAAAGAAAAAAAGAAAGCAAUUACAACAGAGCACAGUCAAAAGGCACCUAUGUACUGCUCAUGUAUUCGAACCCCAGAUUUUAAUGGCUUGUUUUGAUAUUGUGUCCUGUUUUGCGUUUGUGCAUCAUCCAAAAGGAAGCUACAUCUCCAGGGCCAUUUUGACAAGCAGCGUUUGUUACACUGAGAGAACAAAAAGCCUAAUGUUGAAGUUUGACACAUUUUCACCCAGAGACUGAUGCAGAAGAAGAAACAACGGAACACAGAUGAGUAAAAGAGAUCGCUGUUGACAAAUUGCGCCCAGGAGCCAAUAAGCAGUCGGCUAACGGAGCCCCAUGACACAGUUCACUGCUGCAGACUUUUCACUACAGUCCAAACAGGGACCAGACCUGCCCAUUCCUGCUGCUGCCAGCAAGCAUCAAGGCCAUAGUCAUAGUUUUUCUGUUUGUUUUUGUUUUGUUUUGAAAAAAAUGUUUGGGGCUACUUGGUCAGGAAAUGAUGUCAGAGGUGCUGAACGUGACCAAGCAAAAACACAACUUUCCAUCACCACAAAAUGCUUCAGGAGAAGCAGAACUUCCAGUCACGGAAGAUGUGUCUUUUGGCACAGCUCCAACUGAAACUGUCCAAACUUCUUCCAGAACCAUGAGGACCAUGAAAGAUUGUGACACUACUUACACACAAACACACACUUUCCCAGCUGCCACUUUAUCAAGCUAAAACAGGCUGAAAUGAGCCCAACCAUCACAAAGGUAAUAAUGUGGAUGAAUUACAGCGAUAGGUGGUUGGAUUAUUAAAACUAUUGAUAGAAAUGAGAAAGAUGAAAGCAUUUUACCCUGCAUUACGCUGCAGGCCUGUUGCUGAACAGUUCCAGCUAUUAGAGUGCAUUAACUUUAACUAAUAAUGGCAGCUUUUUGUGCCCACUCUCAUGAAUAGUGUUUAAUCUGCAGUAAAGACAUCCAGUCAGGUGUUUUUACUGCAAACACUAAGCUCUAUGUUAACCAGUUUUUUUUUCACUAAAUCGGUCCUUUACUGGGACAACUGGCUUGAUUUCAACUAUUAGAACGGUUUACUUAAUAAUAAGGUAGAAAAACUGAAUGUAUGGGGUAAAAUUAACUAAAACAGGGAUGUUAAUCCUUUUACAGCCCCACUUUGUCAUCUGUCCAAAAUUAAUGACAGCUUAACAUUUACACAUUUCUGGUGCCUCUCCUGUCAGCCAUUCACUCACAUGUAAAGCGUCCUUUCAUUAUGUAUUUUCUGAGACGUCUGAGUGCUUGUUUACAUGAACUUGCUGCCUUCUUGUCCCGUUUCCUUUCUUGGUUGCAACAGUCGGUGCCCUCUAGUGGUGCAAUAGAGUAACAGCGUGCUGCCGAGUGGAAGGGAAGGUUUUUCAGUUUUAUGCUUCAGGAAGACAUUAAACGUGAGGAUUAAAUCCUACAAAGCUGACACACAUUCCUUUUUUUUUUUGCUUGUUAUGUUUUCUUUUGGAAGGUUUGUCACCUUUUAUGCUCUUGAGUUUACACCCAUAAAUGUUGAGUAAAUGUGAAUAGUGAAGCCUAGUCACUGUAUUUCAAUAAUGAGCCAUUUUGCAGGCUGGUCACAGGCUGCAAAACUAUAAGAUAUUUAUACAAGCAGAAAUGUGGAGGAUGAAGAUGAAGAGGGUCAUAGAUAUGCUGUACAUAAAGAUGAGCUUUCAUGCAUCUGUACUUAAUGUUGGUAAAAAUGUACCUAUAACCAUAUGCAACACAGCUCAUAACAGAUGGACACUCCCCACAUCACAUACUGUAAGCUUGACCAUAUUUUACUGUUAAUUGUUUAUCAUUAUUUUUAACUAAUGGCAGUAAACAUCACAUGGGACCACAUGGGUGUAGUUGUUACUGAGUCAGUCCCCUCUCUAUCACAUCAGGUUAAAUUAAACCACGCAUACCUUUUUGAGCAAAAAUGGCUGCAACAGGUUUUAACUAUGUAAAUGUUGCCUUAAAAGUCAAUUAAAGUGAUAUUAAUUUCACGUAAAUUAGGCAUUUAAAAAAGAGUUCUUUGUUUUUCUUCCUUUAAUUAAUCUGUCUGUGACACUGUUUUAAUCUGCCCUGAAACCCAAGACAAAGUUUCAUGGCUCUGAUAUUUGAACCAUUUUUUCUCCUGACCUUCAUCCCGACUAUUUUUAGGAUCUGAAGUUCUUGCAUCAGCAGUUUCCCUCCAUUUUCUCCUCCAAGCAUGGAAAUAAUCGAUUGUUCGCCCCUUUCAACAAAAACGAUUUGAGCGAUGGCGCAUUACAGCAAAUUACAAAUUGAGUCAUUGCAGAAAAAAAAAUGAAAUGUUAAUGAAUUAGUGGACAGAAUAAAUUAUGAUCAAAGCAGAAAUGCAAAAAAGUAAUAAGCCUAAAAUUAGAUGGCCGUAGCAUGAAGUUUCUAUGUGGAAACUGAAAGUUUGAGGGGGAUAAAGAGUUAAUUUCUCAAGUGUGUCAGAAAAGCGCCAUUGUCUCCGUUAGAUAACUUUUUUGUGAUCAUGCCUGAUCAGACUUUGGAGUCCUUUCCGGCUCUUUUUUUAAACAGAGCAGUGGCGUUAACACUGACCUCAUUAAGGUGAGCAACCCCGAUUUAUCAUCAGAGCUUUGUUUUAAAUUAAACUAAAAUGGGCCUUUAUGGGUCAUUUUGGGUUUAUCUUUUAUUGUUUUUAUCCCUUGGACUAUACACGUACCUUUUGUUUUCUUUCGGACAGUGUCAACUUUUUUCUGUUUCGGCUGGUUUGUCUCUACUGAUUUUUCUGAAUAGCCCAUCAGCCGCCUUGUUGUAUAUAGAUUAGAGGGUGUGUGUGUGUGUGUGUAUUUGUGUUUUUGUAUGUAAACAAUCAGUCUCCCUUUCUGACCUGCCUACUUCCAAAACACACAGUUGAAUUAAUACAUUUCCUCAUCAGUUAUCUUUGACCUCCUGUUGUACAGAUGGUUGUACAGAACUGGACAAAAGCUAACACAUGGAGCAGAGAAACUCCUGUACAGAAAAGGACAAGAAAAUCCUUAAUAAAAGAAUUUAAAACUG